AACUGAGGAUGACUUUCACUUUCAGCCAGGGCGGAUUUCUAAAAAACCCUCACUUUGCCGCUGUCGUUUGUAAAAAGGGUUUAUGUGUGACGGCGUCUGAGGAUCAGGACCAGCCGCUUAUCACCAGCGGUAAAACGCCCCUGACGUGAGUGGCGUGGACGCUGAGGUGUCUGUAAAAGCAGCGCAGCACACAGGCGCACGCCUGGUUCAUGGGCAAGCUGGAACUUGAACGUGACUGACAGGAAGUAGCGCGCGCCUGCGUUUGACGGGACUUUGUGCGCAACAGGGAAGUUGCGGAGCCUAGCCUACCUUCUGCUUUCUAUUCGACUCCAUUAAAAAAAAAACUACUCGAAGUCUAGUCUUUUCCUCUCCUGCGUAAAAGCCACGAAGAUUCGUCUGUUUUUGGGAAACGAGAUCCGCGUUUAAAGUGACGUACUAAAAGUUCAGAAGGAUGGACGUGUGAAAAACGGGAGGAGGAGGAGGAAGGAAGGCUGGUCGGACCAGAGUGUUGUUCUGUGUUAUGAAACAUCCAUUUUUUUGAAGGUAGGAUGAAUUGUUUACUGCGAGUUUGGCCGCAGCAGUGCUGACCUGCCUGUCUGAUUAUGGCCCGUUGGGUACAAAUAGAACAUCUUCUUCGACUCCUGGCUUCUGAUCAGAGACAGGAUCUCUAUUCCAUGUACAAUUUCCCCAUCGAAGCCAGAUAUUAUCUUCGUGAUUGGAUUCAGAUCCAGAGAUGGGAAGAGUUUGCACCAGAAAAAAGGGAGCUAGAGGGCCAGGCUCGGGUUCUUUUGAACCAAGCCAUCAAAGGUUUGGAAGAAGCUGCCAGUCACAUAAACAGUGAAAUGGACAAGAUUAAGCUGAAGCAGAUACGCAGUGAUAUGGCGAAUUACCAGCCUCUACAGUUUGCUGUGACAGUCAAGGAAAUUCUCAUGCAGGAGAAAGUUCUGAUGGAGGAGCUUCUGAAGAGCAACAACCCCCAACACCAAAUGCUCCCUCAGAGCGACCCUAACAGUGAGGAUGUCGGAAGGUUGAAGGAGAAGGUGAAAGAGCUCCAGGUCAUCAGAAAAAAUAUGCAUCACAUGCAAGAAGAGCUCAACUGGGAGAAGCAAAACUAUGAAAGUCUACAAGGGUUUCAACCGAAUGGAGUGGAACAUUCACAGGAGGUUAAGAAACUGAUCAGCAACAUCCAGAAAAUGGAAAGUUGUAUACUUGAAGGAGCACAGAAUGCUUUCCGGCUGCUGAGCGACUGCGUGGACGGUCUGGAACGCUCUCAAGCCCAGUUUAUCAACAGGGUGAAGACGUGGUUGUGGGAUCAGCACAAAGCAGCCAUAGGUCAUCCCUUUGAUGACAACCUCAACCCUCUGCAGACCUGGUGCGAGCACCUCCUUGGGUUGAAUUGGGACCUGAGCCAGGAGGUAAUGCUGAUGGAGGAACGGCUCCCAAAACUUCAGGAAAGGCUGGGGAAUCUUCUGCAGGUUCUGGUUAAAAGCUCUUUCGUUGUGGAGAAGCAGCCCCCUCAGGUCAUCAAAACUCAGUCAAAGUUCCGCACAAUUGUGAGGUGUCUGCUGGGAGAUAAAUUAGCACCAGGGAAGCCUACCAUGGUGAAGGCACAAAUUGUUAAUGAGCAACAAGCCAGAAACUUGGGCAGCGUUUCCAGCAGUGAAAAUGUUGGUGAUGUGAUCAACAAUGCAGCCGUCUUGGAGCACAACACAUCUACCAAAUGCUCCUGUGCCACCUUCAGAAACAUGUCCAUCAAGAGAAUAAGGCGAGCAGACAGAAAGGGUUCCGAGUCUGUGACGGAAGAGAAGUUUGCCCUUCUGUUCUCCACAGAGAUCUCUAUCACAGGCUGUGAUACUUCAUUCAAGAUACAGUGGAUCUCUCAGCCUGUCGUCAUCAUUGUUCAUGGCAGUCAAGACAACAAUGCUUUGGCCACCAUUAUAUGGGACUGCGCCUUUGCUGAACAAGACCGAAGGCCCUUUGUGGUGCCAGAUAGUGUGCCCUGGAGGCUGAUGUUCAACACCCUCAAUCUGAAAUUUACUUCUGAGGUCCAAACAGAGUUCCAGAUGACUUACUACAACAAACACUGUUUGGCAGAGAAGAUAUUUGACACCCAAAGCACUAUUGAGAUCUUUGACGACAUGAUGGUCUCCUGGGCUCAGUUUAAUAAGGAGAUGCUCCCAGGUCGACCGUUCACUUUCUGGCAGUGGUUUGAGGGAGCAAUUGAAUUGACCAAGAAGCAUCUGAAGCCCUACUGGAGUGAACAGCUGAUAUUUGGAUUCAUUGGAAAGCAACAUCUACACAACAUUCUUAAAAACAGCCCCGGCGGGACUUUCCUGCUUCGCUUCAGCGACUCUGAGAUUGGAGGCAUCAGCAUCGCCUAUGUGGUUGUUUUAGAAAAUGGAGUGCGGCAAAUCCAGAAUAUCCAGCCUUUCACUAAGAGAGACCUUGAGAUACGCAGCCUUGGCAACCGCCUCCGGGACAUUUGUGAGAUAUUGUACUUGUAUCCUGGCAAAAACAAGUUUGAAGCUUUCAAAAAAUUCUUCACAGUUGCUCCACAGCAAGCUGAUUCAGGAUACAUUCCUGUAACUCUUACGACUAAAGUAGGCACGGAAUCCACGCUUCCUGCUGCUAAUAUUGUACCUCAGCCCAACAAUCCCACGGGCUUCAUCCUAGAUGCCAUUUCCCCGAGUCACAUACAACCGAUGGAUGGCAUUGCCAUAGACGACAUGCCCUCAACAGAUCUUCCAGAUCUGGAUUUGGAUCCCUUCCAGCAGCCGCUUAGUGUAUUGGGGAUGUCCAAUGCUGAACACUCUAGUGAUUCUCAAAUCUAUGAAGUAAUCAACUAUUCAUCACCGCAAGCGGUUGAUCAGCUGAGGGUUCAAGACAACACAUGUUCUUCCAUCUAUCCUGGACUCACGGACCCAUACCAGCAGCAGUUUGAUCAAAUGAGGGUUGACAACACCAAUCCGGCUGUCCCUCCCAUUUUUUCUAACCCCAGUUUUCCAGAUAGCAGUAUGGAAUGUGACUUAUUUGAGGAUCUAAAUACCUUCUCUGCUCAGCCGCAUCCACGGGGAUCUGGCGCAAGAGGUGGAGGACACCCUGGACAGGUCACCAGCCCAUCAUAGGACCACACAGAGAAAAACGACCGUUCACACACCCACUCACUCGUAGAGACAACUCCAGUCAACCCGGCAUGCAUUUUUAUUGUUAGACAAAUUUAUUACAUGCUGGUUUUUGGAAAUCGCGGCUGACAUCAAGUCGAAACUGAACCCAAACUCAACUCCUACGAAACAAGUGAAUGUGUUCUUUCCUUCCUUCACCGUUUACACCUGAAGACACGGCGUCAUGACUGAAGCCAAACACAUCCUGGAUGACUCAGGUGUUUAUGCUGAUUUCUUUUUCUGACAUCUACAAUUUGACCUGCAUUUACAUAAAGAAAUAGAAGACACACGUCUGGCAGAGGUAGAAAUGGGGGCCAAUGGCACUUACAGAAUUAAAUCUGAACUAAGCACACCCUUCCAGUCCACAGCACGCUCUUCAAAUUGAUACUUAUGUGAAGCACUGCUCUUAUAUCUUCUGAUAUGGAAUACCAUUUGAAUCAGUGGGGAGAACCUAAAACACAAUGUUCAAAAAACAAACCUAAGAAGUAAUAACAUAAUAAAUAAAAUGCACUUUUGAAAAAGGAAGUGACAGAUGUUGAGUAAAAUGAAUACAAAUCAAUUUUUCCUAUCCAAGAUUCGAAAUGUUAAAUUUGCUUCUUCACAUUAAUUCUCUUUUAUAAUAAUUAUUCUCUUUUCAUUUAAAGUAGUUCGUUGAGAUUUGUUACCAAUAUGAGAAUUUUUUUAAAUGUAUUGCUGAGUAGACUCUUCACUGAUGCUAUUUCAUUCAACUUUAAAAAUUUGAACAAUUUGCAUGACUUUAAUGAGCAGUUCACAAAGAUCGUCAUUUUCUUGGUCAGCUGGUAAACUUGUACUCUUGCAUGACAGUCAUGCAUGUUUGUGUAAAUAGAGGAAGCAAAAGUUGAUUUUCGUGCUCAAAGGAAAUGCAGGAAGGAACGGUGACAGUUCAGCCAUCAUUAUUUGUUUCUGCUGCAGAACUCUUGAGGAUCAACAUGUUGAACAGCAGAAUGUUGCUUCGAGUGCAGAGUAAAACUAAAUCCCACCUCACUCCUGUGAGUUGCUGGCCUGCAGCUCCUUGUGCAUUGAAGUUUUUGCUCUCGUGGUUUUAUUUUGCUCAGCUGAUUUGUAUUUAGGUAACUUUCCACUUGUCAGAUAUUUAGUGAUGCUGUGAAAAAUAUUGAAAUAGCAACAUGCAAAUGUAUAAUUCUUCCUUAUAAUCAAUACACGCUAUCAUGAAUCAAUCAGCUGUAGCAGGAAUAUUACACAGUAGCCUAUGUAUAGAAAGCAGUCAGCUGGAGGUUUGGCCCGAAAGUUGUAAUUAGGGUCAUGUCGUCCUGAUUACUCUAACUCUAGCAUGCUGUUGGAUUACAACAGAUAAGCAAUGUAGUGAAGAAGGUGGGCAAAGCUUUAUGUUGCAUCUUUGUCAGUUAAAAUCUCACUUUUGCUUCAUAUAUAGCAAGCACAGUUUAGUCAUUCAGUGUUUUUCAGUGUUUCUUUUAAAACAUCCAGUAAACAUAAAUAUAGUAUAAACUAAACAUGUACCUGGCUCGUAUUAAUUUUUCUAAUUUGAAUGUUUUAAUGGACAGGUGAGUUUUAAACAAAGUAAAUGUUUGUGAAACAGUUUUUAUUCUUUAGACGAUUGAACUUUUUUUUAGCCUAAUAUUUUAUUGUAAGGAAACAUUUUCUUGUUUUUCUGAUUUUAGCGGCUUCGAUUUUCACCGAAUCAUAACAAAAAGCAGCUUUUUAAAAAAUAAACUCAAGCUUUUAUAAUUAGCUUUCACUACCAUGUAUGUGUGCAAUGUUCCUUUAACAUAAAUCUCUCCAUUGUUUUUCCAGUACUACUCUUUGACUGUGACAACAAAUAAAAUAAAACAUUUUCCC